AACAAAACACGCGGCGUCGUCCUUGAAAAAACAAAAAGUGCGUAGCAAGAACUAGAUCCACAAGCAAAGCAGAAACGUGUCGUAAAGGAUGGCUCCUCGUCGCAAACGUACGGCUGCCAGCAAGUCUAGCGAGACGGUGGCAAAGAAAGCGAAAUUCGAGGAACCGAAGAUCCCGGCAGCGCCUGCUGAGAAAGAGAAAGCUACUGGCGAGGCCAACGGGGCCUGUCUUUUCAUCGAACACUGCAAAUCAUGAUCCGUGUUCAAGCGCAAGGCCGCAGAGGUCCAUUCGGAACUGUGUGCGCUUGCGCCGGAACACAACUUCCAGUUGGUGUUGAACGAAAACGGUAAACCACGCCGCGGUGCCUUCGAGAUUGCCGUCGCCAAGACCAAGGACGGCGAGAGGGUGUCGGUUUGGUCGGGUCUGCCGAAGGGUCCACCCAGGAAGGACAAAUUCCCAGACGUGAAAACAUUGCUUGACGACGUCGUAAAGGCGCUCAAGUAACGACGUUACCAUUACUUGUGCCAUUUGAGCCUCGCGAUCGUUGCUAGUGGUAGGGUGAUGAUCGCUUCAGGUUGUUACCACUCUUAACGCUAUGCCGCAUGGUGAAUUCGGAAUAAACCGCAAAAACGGCCUCCGCUUUCGGAAGAUUCGCUAGCUUAAUGGUGGACGCUUGGAGCAGAUCAUUGCGCUAACGAACAUCCCUCGAUCGCUUACCACGAGAGUACAAAUUCUUGAUGAA